CAUGGGAUACUGAGGCCUGAUUGGGCAAAGCCCAGGCCCAGGUGUAAUUCCCCUUUUUUUCAACUUAGUUGAAGCUAUGAAGGGAAAGAAUGGAAAAGAAAGUGAAAGACCAAAGGCUGUCAUAAUAUGUUAACUUCAGAGGCUCAUUUCUGAGACUGCUGUGACAGACUGAAGAAGAUUAAAGGCCAAAGUUGAAACAGAUUGUGAAGACAAUGACUCAGCUAUAAAUGUAAGAAGGAAGAAGAGUAACUCACAUUUUCUGAGGACCCACUAAGUCAGGAAUCUACGGAAGGUUUAUCCUACUUAGCCAUCAUCAGAAAAGCUAAGUUUGCUGUAUAAUAAGGAUCAGAAGAUCUGAUCCUGGUUGCAGAAUCAUCCCUGAUUACAGAAUCUGGUUUGUGUCUCCCACCUUCUCCUUCCAGACUAUCCCAGGAGAUCUAGGAGGUUCCGUCUAGGAAAACAUUAGGAGUUCUUGGAAAGGAAAGAAGGAAGAGGAUUAUUGGUUGGAAUAAAAACAGGGUUGAAUGAGUUCCAGAAAGCAGGGUUCUCAAACUCGUGGACAACAAUCUGCAGAAGAAGACAACUUCAAAAAACCAAGUAGAAGCAAUAUGCAGAGAAGUAAGAUGAGAGGGGCCUCUUCAGGAAAGAAGACUGCUGGUUCACAGCAGAAGAAUGUGGAACCAGCUCUCCCAGGCAGAUGGGGGGGUCGCUCUGCAGAGAACCCCCCUUCAGGAUCAGUGAGGAAGACAAGAAAGAACAAACAGAAGACUCCUGGAAAUGGAGAUGGUGGCAGUACCAGCGAAGCACCUCAGCCACCUCGGAAGAAAAGGGCCCGGGCAGACCCCACUGUCGAAAGUGAGGAGGCAUUUAAGAAUAGAAUGGAAGUUAAAGUGAAGAUUCCUGAAGAAUUAAAACCAUGGCUUGUUGAGGACUGGGACUUAGUUACCAGGCAGAAGCAGCUGUUUCAACUCCCUGCUAAGAAAAAUGUAGAUGCUAUUCUGGAGGAGUAUGCAAAUUGUAAGAAGUCGCAGGGAAAUGUUGAUAAUAAGGAAUAUGCAGUUAAUGAAGUUGUGGCAGGAAUAAAAGAAUAUUUCAAUGUGAUGUUGGGCACUCAGCUGCUCUACAAAUUUGAGAGGCCCCAGUAUGCCGAAAUCCUCUUGGCUCACCCUGAUGCGCCAAUGUCCCAGGUUUAUGGAGCCCCACAUCUACUGAGAUUAUUUGUAAGAAUCGGAGCAAUGUUGGCGUAUACGCCCCUUGAUGAGAAGAGCCUUGCAUUAUUGUUGGGCUAUUUGCAUGAUUUCCUAAAAUAUCUGGCAAAGAAUGCUGCGUCUCUGUUUACUGCCAGUGAUUACAAAGUGGCUUCGGCUGAGUACCACCGCAAAGCCCUGUGAGGGUCUAGUGACCACUCACUGUUAUGUCUGGUAUCUGUAAACACUCUUUGUUCUUAGUCUUUUUCUUGUAUAAUUGAUGUUCUUUAAAAUUGUUAAUGUAUAACAGGGCUUAUGUUUCAGUUUUGUUUUCUGUUUUAAACAGAAAAUGAAAGGAGUGCAAGCUCCUUUUCUCAUUUCAAAGUUGCUACCAGUGUACGCAGUAAUUAGACAAAGAAGAAACAUUCAAUAGAAUAUUUUAUUGCCUAGUUGACAACAUUGCUUGAAUGCUGGUGGUUCUAUCCCUUUGACACUACACAAUUUUCUAAUAUGCGUUAAUGCUCCAUGACAAAAUGCCCUGAUUCCUAGUGCCAAAGGUUCAACUUAAUGUAUAUACCCGAAAACCCAUGCAUUUGUGCUCUUUUUUUUUUUUAUGGUGCUUGAAGUAAAACAGCCCAUCCUCUGCAAG